AUGUACAAACGAAGCGUUUUCACCAACAUCACCCCGCUCCCACCCUAUAUCACGCGGGAGACGGUCGUAGAAGCCCUCCACAACCAUUCGGAAAUGAUUGAACUGAAUCCUUUGGUGAUCCGUCAUCAGCCUUGUCGCCCGCCCGGCUUUUCGCCUGCGGAUGAAUUUCAUUGUACCUGGUACGAGAUGACCGACCGUAUCUCGUAUCUACCAGGCGGGCUUGUCCAGGGCAAUGUGUCCUACUCAGGGUGCUUUUAUGAUCUUCCGCGGGGCCUCCAGACGCAUGUCUAUGCCCCAACCGGUUUGGACAUCCGAGAAAAAUGGUCUGUAUGUGGGAAUAUGCCGGGAGAGCCGCGAGAGCCCGUCGAACUAGGCAUUCCCGAUGCCCCCCGUGAAGGGCUGUACCUUCGCGAAGAUGUGAACAUGCGGUCGCAGAUUUGGGCCACAGGCUUUGUUAAACGGACACUCAAAAAGGCCCAUGCGGUGCUCGUGGACCGGUUGGUCAUCAAGGCGGAUCUGGAAAAGCAGAAGAGGGACUCAGUAUCAGGAUGUGUAUCCGACUCAUAUCUCCAACAGCAGACAAGUCUGUCUAACGAUCAAAAGUCGACUCAAGAGGAGGACCCCAUGUCACCGCACCAGAAUCGCUGGUCAAGGGCCAGUGACAUUGCCGAAGUUCCUGGCUCGUUGCAGGCGGGACAGAGAUUCAAUCAGCGACCAGAUCGCCUUGUGCAUGAACUUGAAUAG